CGCCUCGUCAGCAGAAGCGGCGCCUCCCGGCGGCCCAGCCAUGGCUCCCCCCACGGGUAACGUUGUGAACAGCCAGUCCCCCAGGCUCUUGGCAAAUCAGCUAAGAUGGGACCUGACUGCGGAGCAGAUAGAGACAAUGGCUGCAGAGCUCACUGAGAGGACCAAGAUGGUGUAUGACCGGGUGGGCUCCCAGGAGCAGGGAGAAGUCUCCUAUGAAAACACCCUCAAGGCACUGGCUGAUGUGGAGGUGGAAUAUACAGUCCGUCGGAACAUGCUGGACUUUCCCCAGCACGUCUCUCCCUGCAAGGACAUCCGUGCAGCGAGCACCGAGGCUGACAAGAAGCUCUCAGAGUUCGACGUGGAGAUGAGCAUGAGGCAGGACGUGUACCAGCGGAUUGUCUGGCUCCAGGAGAAAUCAGAGAGUGCUUCCCUGAAACCUGAAGCAAAGAGAUAUCUAGAGAGGUUGAUCAAACUGGGUAAAAGAAACGGUCUUCAUCUCCCAGAGGAAACACAGGAGAAAAUCAAAGCUAUUAAGAAAAAGCUGAGCAUCCUUUGCAUAGACUUCAACAAGAACCUCAAUGAAGAUACCACUUACCUGCCCUUCUCGAAAGAAGAACUAGGAGGGCUCCCUGAGGACUUCCUGAAUUCCCUGGAAAAGACAGAAGACGGCAAGCUGAAAGUCACCUUGAAAUACCCCCAUUAUUUCCCUCUCCUGAAGAAGUGCUAUGUGCCUGAGACAAGGAGAAAGGUGGAAGAAAUGUUCAAUUCUAGGUGCAAAGAGGAGAAUUGCUUAAUCCUCAAGGAGCUGGUGGACUUGCGGGCUCAGAAAGCUAGUCUCCUGGGCUUCAGCACGCACGCUGACUUUGUGCUGGAGAUGAACAUGGCUAAAAGUAGCAAAAUGGUGGCUACUUUCCUGGAUGAACUGGCCCAGAAGCUCAAACCCCUUGGGGAGAAGGAACGGGCUGUGAUCCUGGAUCUGAAAAAGAAAGAGUGUGAGAAACGAGGCCUGGAGUUUGACAACCGCAUCAAUGCCUGGGACAUGCGCUACUACAUGAAUCAGGUGGAGGAGACCAAGUACAGUGUGGAUCAGAACCUGCUGAAGGAGUACUUCCCCAUGCAGGUGGUCACCUCGGGCCUGCUAGCUAUAUACCAGGAGCUGCUGGGGCUCACCUUCCAUCUGGAGGAGAAGGCUCAGGUCUGGCAUGAGGACGUCCAGCUUUACACGGUGAAGGACACCUCCUCCGGGGAGACCAUCGGCAAAUUCUACUUGGACCUGUACCCACGGGAAGGGAAGUACGGCCACGCAGCCUGCUUUGGCCUACAGCCAGGCUGCCUGUUGCCAGACGCCAGCCGGCAGAUCUCAGUGGCAGCCAUGGUGGCCAACUUCACCAAGCCCACGCCGGAUGCACCAUCCUUGCUGCAGCACGACGAGGUGGAGACGUAUUUCCACGAAUUUGGGCAUGUCAUGCACCAAUUGUGCUCACAGGCGGAGUUUGCCAUGUUUAGCGGGACACACGUGGAGAGGGACUUUGUUGAGGCACCAUCCCAGAUGCUGGAGAACUGGGUGUGGGAGAAGGAGCCGCUGCUGCGCAUGUCCAAACACUACAAAACUGGAAACCCUAUUCCUGACGAGCUGCUGGAGAAGCUAAUUAAAUCCAGGCAGGCAAAUACAGGGCUGUUCAACUUGCGUCAGAUCGUCCUGGCCAAGGUAGACCAGGCGCUGCACACCCAAACGAAAGCUGACCCCAUGGAGGUAUUUGCCCGGCUCUGUGAAGAGGUGCUGGGCGUUCCUGCCACCCCAGGUACAAACAUGCCAGCCACAUUCGGGCACUUGGCUGGCGGCUACGAUGCCCAGUACUAUGGCUACCUCUGGAGCGAAGUGUAUUCCAUGGAUAUGUUCCACACGCGCUUCAAGCAGGAGGGGAUCAUGGACUGUAAGGUGGGCAUGGAUUACAGGAACUGCAUCCUGCAUCCUGGCGGCUCCAUGGAUGCUUCCGACAUGUUGAGGAAGUUCCUGGGUCGUGAGCCCAAGCAGGAUGCCUUCUUGGCCAGCAAAGGACUGAAGGUAGAGAGCAACUCGCUGCCUUCAGCCUGCUGAAAAGCUGCUCCAGCCCAUGUGAGUCACGCCAGCUCCUUUGUCUACACACCAGUCCUCCCAGGCCGAGCAAAACCUGGUACUUCUGUCACCAAAUGCCUCCUGGGCCAACCCCCACAUGGGCAGUUGUUCCUCCAGGGUCCUGAGCUCCCCGGGGGCUUCAGGAGCUGGGCUCAGCCCUACUGAGCUCCCUUGGCAGAGGGAACUGAAUUGCCUUUGCCAGCUGCUCAAACCAGAGGCUGAGGCUGCCAUUAGCCCACACAAAUUAGCUGAACUUUGAACCUGAUUUCUGCACAAGGGUGAGUUUUAGCCUCAUCACUGGCUGGGGAGGAGGGUAAGAGGAGUAACCACGCCUGAAUCAUCAUUUUAAAAUCCCUCCUUUUAAGAAGUGAGACUUCCCACAGGGCUCAGCUUGUUUUGUGCCCUAGGGUAGAUUUACUGUUCUGGCCACAAAGUAAACGGCCUACAAAGCUCUACUAGGAAUUGUGUUCUCCCCACCUUUGGCAGCUGACAGCUGUGGAAUAAAGAUGAGGAGAUCCCAAAGCUUAAAAACAACUGCCUUUACUUCUCCUGACCCCAUGUCCUUCCUUGAGCCCUUCAACUGUUCCUGCCUGGGCAGGAACCUCGGCCAGGCUGGAGAGAGAUGCAUGGAACCUUGAGCCCCACUACAGAUGUUCUCUGUUCCUUGGAAGCAUUCAGAGGCAGCCUCGGGUUGUCCUUGGACCUGCUGGGACACUGCCCAGGCCCCUCUUGGGGCAGCCAGUUCCUGCAGGGCUCGGGUCACCACUGCCAUGUGAUCUCUGUCCCGUCUGAGCCAGGGUGGGACUGGAGAGGCCUGUGAGGCAAAAAAAGCAGCCGGCUUUGAACAACACAGAUCCCUGGGAUAAAAAUAUCGAGGAGGCCUUGUGCCCAGGCACGCGGCCUCUCCAGCAGCCCUGCUCCUCCCACAGCAGCGCUGAGUCCAGAGGCUGCUUUCUGGCUUUGUUCGUUUCUGGCUGACCCAAGGAGGAUGCUCUGCCCAGCCUGGAAAAGGGCUUUAAUAGCAAGUGUUAGGGGCAAGGGAAGGUGCAGGGGCUUCUGGCUCCCUCGUGGGUGCCAGGCCCUGCAGAGCCCCCUUUUCAGGUGCCUGCAGGAUCUGGGCAGCAAACGACCCUGGCAUGAGGGCCAUUCUCUUCCCGUGUUCGUCCUGCAUUGGUGGCAGAAUCGUCCACCCGGGCUGCGGAUCUCCCACUCUUCCAGGUGCUCUCAGGGAAUUUUCCCUCCAUUCCCACCUCUCCGCCUGCCUCAGAGUCACUCUGAGGGUUAUUCAGGGCUGUGGAAGUCUCCUCUUGUCCUGGCUUGGGCUUUCGUCCCUCUGUGGACAAGUGCAGAGCUGUGGG